UAACCUGUGCAAGAGAUUUCACCUUUGUAAUCCUGUUUCCACAUCUGCGAGAAGGAAAUGAGAAUAGCUGCCCCCACCCCCACCUCCACCCCACACCCUCCCCGGGUCCAUGAGCUGAGUGGAUCUGCGCAGAGUUGCAGGGUCCCUCUCGGUGGCAGUAGCGAUGUCAGUGCCGUGGCUGAGCCUCGGAAAGGCACAUUUUGGUGGCGGGGACUGGUGUGUGGCCACCUGUACCCCUGCAGAUUGUCCUCCCGAUGGCCCAGGGUAAAGGGAGAUAGAGGGCCAUGGGGUUGGGGGCACGUGCUGCCUCCCACUGCCCUUGGGGGGCUGGGACAGGUCAGGUAGGAGGUAGGGACCUCCAGCCCAAGGAGGGCUCAGGGCAGGACUGGAAGGGCAGGGUGUGGGCGCACCUGACUCAGUUGGAUGAACAUGUGACUCUUGAUCUUGGGGUCAUGAAUUCGAGCCUCACGUUGGAGUGGAGAUUACGAAAAAUAAAUAAAUCAACUUAAAAAAAAAACAAGGGGUACCUGGGUGGUUUCGUCGGUUAAGUGUCUGCCUUCAGCUCAGGUCGUGAUCCCAGGGUCCUGGGAUCGAGCCCCAUGUCAUGCUUCUCCCUCUUCCUCUGCCCCCCCCCACCUUGUGCUCUCUCUCUCUCUCUCUCUCGUUCUCACUCUUGCUCUCUCUUAAAUUAAAUAAAUAAAUAAUUUUGAAAAACAAGGAAGGGCAGGGUAUGGGCAUGGACGGGGGGCUUGGGAGGGAGGAAGGAAGGCACCCGGAGGUGAAGAUGAUGGUGACUGUGACAGAAGCAGUGGCGUCCCCGUUAGCCCUCAGGGCAGGCCAGGCAGGUAAGAGCCUGGGCUCUGGUGCCCACCUGCCCGGUUUGAAUGCUGGAUGCCCUGGACAAGGGGCUUCCUGUCUCCGGGCAUCAGGCUCCCCAUCUGUGAAUUGGGGCUGGUCAGUUGUGCAGGGGAAGAGGGAUCGGGGGCAGAGGGCGGCCAGCAGAGCCUGGCACGCCUGGCCCUCUGAGACCACCGCUGCCUUUAUUUCUGAGAACCAGCCUGGCAUAGGCUCCGGGUUCCCAGGCCGGAGCCUCAGGUCCACUCUGUGCCAAGCUGCGGGCUCGCUGUGCCUCGUUAUCCCUUGGCUGUAACGCGGGGCUUGUCGUGGCUGCUUCCUCGUGGGUCACGUGCGUGGGGCGCUUAGAAGAGAGGCCGGCACACAGUAGGUGCUCAGCGAGUGUCGGCUCCCACCGUAAGAAUGGUGACCUCGUUUCCUGGCCGCUGCCUUACUGCGUGGGUGCCUGGCAUUCUAACUGGGACUCCUCUAAGGACUCCAGGAAGCAGAUGAGUAACCCGAGGCCCCGAGAGGAGACAUCACCUGCCCGAGGGCACUUCUAGCCCAGCCAGCAUCACACCAGGCCUGCUGAUAGGAGCCCAAGUCUGCGCCCUCGUGGUGCUGAGAGCCUCGGCACCAUGUUUGGGAAGAAGAAGAAGCGAGUAGAGAUCUCAGCGCCAUCCAACUUCGAGCACCGCGUGCACACGGGCUUCGACCAGCACGAGCAGAAGUUCACGGGGCUGCCCCGCCAGUGGCAGAGCCUGAUCGAGGAGUCGGCUCGGCGGCCCAAGCCCCUGGUGGACCCCGCCUGCAUCACCUCCAUCCAGCCCGGGGCCCCCAAGACCAUCGUGCGUGGCAGCAAAGGCGCCAAGGAUGGGGCCCUCACGCUGCUGCUCGACGAGUUUGAGAACAUGUCGGUGACGCGCUCCAACUCCCUGCGGAGAGACAGCCCACCGCCACCUGCCCGUGCCCGCCAGGAGAACGGGAUGCCCGCAGAGCCGGCCAGCACGGCCAGAGGGGCCCCAGAGAAGGCGGGCAGCCAAGGCCGGGCCACCGGUCGCAGCGAGGCGGGUGGCAGCAGUGGCGACAGGCGGCGGGUGGGGCCAGAGAAGAGGCCCAAGUCUUCCAGGGAGGGCUCAGGGGGACCCCAGGAGUCCUCCCGGGACAAACGCCCCCUCUCUGGGCCUGACGUCGGCACCCCUCAACCUGCCGGUCUGGCCGGUGGGGCCAGAGUGGCAGCUGGUCGGCCCUUUAACACGUACCCGAGGGCCGAUACGGACCACCCGGCCCGGGGUGCCCAGGGGGAGCCUCACAACCUGGCCCCCAACGGGCCUUCGGCAGGGGGCCUGGCGGUCCCCCAGUCUUCCUCCUCCCGGCCUCCCACCCGAGCCCGCGGUCCCCCCAGCCCGGGAGUGCUGGGCCCCCAUGCCUCUGAGCCCCAGCUGGCCCCUCAGGCCCGCCCCAUCGCUGCCCCUGCCGGCCCCCCGGCCCCCGGGCCCCCCGGGCCCCGCUCACCACAGCGGGAACCCCAGCGAGUGUCGCACGAGCAGUUCCGGGCUGCCUUGCAGCUGGUGGUGGACCCCGGUGACCCUCGCUCCUACCUGGACAACUUCAUCAAGAUCGGCGAGGGCUCCACGGGCAUCGUGUGCAUUGCCACCGUGCGCAGCUCGGGCCGGCUGGUGGCCGUCAAGAAGAUGGACCUGCGCAAGCAGCAGAGGCGUGAGCUGCUCUUCAACGAGGUGGUGAUCAUGCGGGACUACCAGCACGAGAACGUGGUGGAGAUGUACAACAGCUACCUGGUCGGGGAUGAGCUCUGGGUGGUGAUGGAGUUCCUGGAGGGCGGCGCCCUCACCGACAUCGUCACUCACACCAGGAUGAAUGAGGAGCAGAUUGCCGCCGUGUGCCUGGCCGUGCUGCAGGCCUUGUCUGUGCUCCACGCGCAGGGAGUCAUCCACCGCGACAUCAAGAGUGACUCCAUCCUGCUGACCCACGACGGCAGGGUGAAGCUGUCGGACUUUGGGUUCUGCGCCCAGGUGAGCAAGGAGGUACCACGGAGGAAGUCACUGGUCGGCACGCCCUACUGGAUGGCCCCAGAGCUCAUCUCUCGCCUUCCCUAUGGGCCAGAGGUGGACAUCUGGUCUCUGGGGGUGAUGGUGAUCGAGAUGGUGGACGGGGAGCCCCCCUACUUCAAUGAGCCCCCCCUCAAAGCCAUGAAGAUGAUUCGGGACAACCUGCCACCCCGACUGAAAAACCUGCACAAGGUGUCACCAUCCCUGAAGGGCUUCCUGGACCGCCUGCUGGUGCGUGACCCGGCCCAGCGGGCCACAGCGGCUGAACUGCUGAAGCACCCGUUCCUGGCCAAAGCGGGCCCACCCGCCAGCAUCGUGCCCCUCAUGCGCCAGAACCGCACCAGAUGAGGCCCAGUGCCCUGUCCCUGAACCAAAGAGCCCCUCGGGUGACCCCUGCCCUGCCACAGGCCAGUAGGGGGCCGGCCCCCACUCCUCCCAGCCUGGGAGACGCUCCACGUGGCACCACCCUCCUGGCCAGGGGUGGGGGAGUGUGCAGGACCCUACUACUGAACUCCAGCUUUGAUUUUGUGACUUUAAAACAAAACAAAACAAAACAAAACACAGGGACUCGUGGGAGCAAGCGAGGGUCCCCGGACUCCCCACCCUCCGGGACAGUCCCUCCCUGCGUCUUCCUGUCUUCCAGGAAGGACAGGCGGCCCCCCCAUCACUGGAAAUCAUCUGCAGUGGGGGCUGCUGUGGGUGGAGAGAACACUACGAAAGGGGGGUGCGUGUGUGCAUGCGUGUGUGAGUGUGUGCACGUACGCCCAUGCAGAAGGUCCAGCUGCUCUGUCCUCCAGCCUGCAAGUGGGUGUCUGAGGCCUUGCCUGACAUACGGCACAGCCCCCGGCCCCCCUGAGCCAUUGCGGGGGUCGAUCAUGAAUGUCUGAAGAGUGGCCUUUCCCCAUGUCCUGCACCCCCUUUCUGUGGCUGGCUGGGGAGACGGGAACCAGGGCCUCUCGCCCAUCCCCAGCCUCUGCAGAUGACUACUGCACCUGGACAGCCUCCUCUUUUUUAGAAGUCUAUUUAUAUUGUCAUUUUAUAACACUCUGGCCCCUGUCCCGACCUGGGGACAGACGGGGCAGCCCCAGGGACAGAACCACCGCUUGAAGAAUCAGGUUCCUGUCCCUUUGGCACAGCCCCACCCCCACCCACCCCCUCAAGUUAGUUUUACAAUUAAAUCGUUUUCUUGUUU